CCCCCCUUAAGCGCGAUGGAUCGGUUGAAGUCUGAACAGCGAGCGCACCCUCAGCCCGCCGCCACUCCGGAAAGGAGCAUCAUCAGCGGCGACAACCUCCAGUUCGGCAGGAUGCGGCGCCACCCCCGCUUAUCCCAUUCGGAGAACCAGACUUCGGGACCGGAGGAGUACUUGGGGUCCUCGGCGGAGGCCGGCGGAUCCCACGGAAGGAGCCCCGGCGCCCACGCGGAGAUCUUCAAGCCGCGUUCGUUCUCUCCGAGGAGCCCCAGGGGCCACUGGGUCAAGCGCCCCCAUCAGGACGCCGCCCAGAUCCCCACGGUCAAGUCGUCCGGCACCCCCCACCGGCGCUACGGCGGGGGCCGCUACCGGACCUCGUCCGAGACGGAUAAGGGAGGCAGAGGCGGCAGGGAGCCCAAGUCCUGGAGGAAGGGCCUCUCUGAGGGCGACACCAGCGCCAACAUGAGUGGACUUCAGUGUCUCGCCGCCGAGAAGGUCUGGUUCGACAAGCACCGCUUCGACGAGGCCGAGAGGAAGUUCUACGAGGCGGCCAACGGACACGCCCCCAAGCAGCAACAGCAGGUGAAAAGCGGCGCAUACCAGCAGGUCAAAGGGCGCCCGCAGAAGCGCCAGCACCGCAACUCGUCCUCGCAUUCGGGAGAGCAGGAGAUGGUUGCCCGGAUGAAGACCCUGGAAGUGGAGAACAAAACGUUGCACAAAGUGGUGGGCGACAUGAGGGCCGCGCUGCAGAAGCUGGAGGCCAGAGUGGCUCAGCUGGAGAAGACCCCUAAGACCCCUGUGCCCGCAGCUACCCCUGCAGUCAAGGCUGCUCCUGUCCAAGCUGCUCCCGCCAAACAGGUGGAGGAAAAUGGCGACGACGACGACGACGUGGACUUGUUCGGCAGCGACGACGACGACGAUGAGGCGGCCCGUCUUAAGCAAGAGCGCGUGGAAGCGUACGCCGCCAAGAAGGCCAAAAAGCCCACCGUGAUCGCCAAGUCGUCGAUCUUGUUGGACGUCAAACCCUGGGACGACGAGACAGACAUGACCAAGCUGGAGGAGUGCGUGCGCUCGGUGCAGAUGGACGGCCUCCUGUGGGGCGCGUCCAAGCUGGUGCCGGUGGGCUACGGCAUCAAGAAGCUGCAGAUCAACUGUGUGGUGGAAGAUGACAAAGUGGGCACUGACAUCCUGGAGGAGGAGAUCACCAAGUUUGAGGACUUUGUCCAGAGUGUCGACGUCGCCGCCUUCAAUAAGAUCUAAACAAAGCCCUGCUGUUUGAUGGUUCAUUAAAAUUAAAAAAAACUCAA